UUGGAGGUUCAGUACUUCCAUGACCAUGCAACCUUCACUACAGCCGUUGCCUUGAAUCAAUCGCCAGCCAUUGAUUUUUCAGCCACAAUUGGUACCCCAACCAUUGCAUUUGGUGCAGAAGGGGGUUAUGACACCACUUCUGGAAACUUUACAAAGUACACUGCUGGAAUUAGCGUGAACAAACCAGACCAGUCUGCUUCAAUAAUUCUGGGUGACAAGGGAGACAGUAUAAGAGCAUCUUAUGUGCAUUUUCUGGAUGUGUUGAAGAGGACUGCUGCUGUGGGAGAGAUCACUAGAAAGUUUUCCACAAACGAGAACACUUUCACAGUGGGAGGGUCAUAUGCUAUUGAUCUUCUGACUGUAGUGAAAGCUAAGCUCAACAAUCAUGGAAAGCUGGGGGCCCUCCUGCAGCAUGAGGUCAUACCAAAGUCGUUGCUGACAAUAUCUGGGGAGAUCGACACCAAGGCCCUGGACAAAAAUCCCAGGUUUGGAGUGGCCAUUGCCCUCAAGCCGUGAUUUUUAGGCAUUAAUGAUGCCUUGCUGGAACGUAAUACCUGGUUCAAUUUUUUGGCUGGCUCUCGAGAGGAGCACUUAAUAAUUAGUUUCCACAGAAACAUGUUUCCUGGUCCUUGAUCAAUGUGGAUGGAUUGUUUGAUGCUCGGGCUCUACCGUGGUCUUCUUUUGUUCUUUUUCUCUAUAUUCUUUUGGCUUAUAACUGUAGGUCGCUAAGUCGUUGCAUAUUCUAGUCUCCUUGUAUGGAGAAACCUUAGAAUUCUGAUUGAUAGAGAAUUUUUUUACAUAUGUUGUGCCAGGUGAUAUGCCACUUGUCUGUUUGAAAGAAUCCACCUGCCGAGAGUAACUCCAAUGGUUUUUAUAAAUGCAAAAUUGAUCAUGCCAA